AUUGACAUGUUCGAUAAUCCCAUCAGAAGGAUGGACAUCACCAAAUGGAUGGACCGCUACCUGAAUGAUGUCAGUCUGAACGGAGACGUUCAGCACAUUCAGAUUCAGAUCAUUCAAAAUGAGUUCAUCCAACAAGGCUGUCUGAACUUCCGACUGGUUCCUGUGUUGUUCCCCAACGCAACCAAGAGACACGUGCCCGGCUGGCUGCAGAGCACCCGGAUCUACCGCUGGCCUCUCGACACCCAGGACCUGCUGCUGCGCCUCCUGCGGGAGGAGCGCUACGUCCUGCCCCCGCCCAGCCCCAGCCUCACCCUCACCGUCCGCCCCCUCUGA